GGCGCCGCGGAGCUGUCCCGUCCCGCGGUGGCUCCCGCCGCUGCUGCUGCUGCUGGGCCUGAGCGCGGGAGCUGUCAUCGACUGGCCCAUAGAGGAGGGCAAGGAAGUCUGGGAUUAUGUGACUGUCCGCAAGGAUGCCCACAUGUUCUGGUGGCUCUACUAUGCCACCAACCCAUGCAAGAACUUCUCAGAACUGCCCCUGGUCAUGUGGCUCCAGGGUGGUCCAGGAGGUUCCAGCACUGGAUUUGGAAACUUCGAGGAAAUUGGGCCCCUUGACAGUGAUCUCAAACCACGAAAUACCACCUGGCUGCAGGCUGCCAGUCUCCUCUUUGUGGAUAAUCCUGUAGGCAGUGGGUUCAGUUAUGUGAACCAGAGUGGUGCCUAUGCCAAGGACCUUGCUACGGUGUCUUCAGACAUGAUGGUUCUCCUGAAGACCUUCUUCGAUUGCCACAAAGAAUUCCAGGCCAUUCAGCAAGGGACCAUCAAGUGCAACUUUGCUGGGGUUGCUUUGGGUGAUUCCUGGAUCUCCCCAAUUGUGUGGUUUUCUUUAGAUUCGGUACUCUCCUGGGGACCUUACCUGUACAGCAUGUCUCUUCUCGAUGACAGUGGUCUGGCAGAGGUGUUUGAGGUUGCAGAGCAAGUCCUGGAUGCUGUAAAUAAGGGGCUCUACAAAGAGGCCACGCAGCUCUGGGGGAAAGCAGAAACAGUCAUUGAAAAGAACACAGACGGGGUGAACUUCUAUAACAUCUUAACUAAAAGCACUCCCUUGCCUGCAAUGGAGUCGAGCCUGGAAUUCACACAGAACCACCUUGUUCGUCUUUGUGAACGCCACGUGAGACACCUCCAUGGAGACUCCUUAAGUCAGCUCAUGAACGGUCCCAUCAGGAAGAAGCUCAAAAUUAUUCCUGAGGAUUACUCCUGGGGAGGCCAGGCUACCAGCGUCUUCGUUAACAUGGAGAAGGACUUCAUGAAGCCAGUCAUCAGCAUUGUGGAUGAACUGCUGAAUGCCGGGGUCAACGUGACUGUGUAUAAUGGACAGCUUGAUCUCAUCGUGGACACCAUGGGUCAGGAAGCUUGGCUGCGGAAACUGAAAUGGCCAGAACUGCCCGAAUUCAAUAAGCUUAAGUGGAAGGCCCUGUACAGCAACCCGGAAUCUUCUGAAACAUCUGCUUUUGUCAAGUCCCACAAGAACCUGGCUUUCUACUGGAUCCUAAGAGCUGGUCACAUGGUUCCUUCUGACCAAGGGGACAUGGCUCUGAAGAUGCUGAGACUGGUGACUCAACAAGAAUAGGAUGGACUGGGCUGGAGAUGACUGAGCUUGGCCUCGGGCACAGGAGCCAGGCCGAGGACUCUGAAGCUGCUGGAAGAAAGUUCUUCCCUGAAUCUAACUUGGGCUGUAAUUACGAAGGUUCCAACCAGCUUCCUUAGAGGAUAAAAGCAUUGCCUCUGUGGCAACUUGAAAUUCAUUUCUGCUUCUUAAAAAAGUCUAAGUUUUUAAAAAUGGAUCUGUUUUAAUGAAAACAAAGGAUAGUAUUAGAUUAACUUUUUCUUAUUGCAAAAGCAAAUGAUGUGAUUUAUAGGAAAAAGUGAGAAAUACAGGUAAACAAAGAACAAAAUAAACACCCAUAUACUCCCUUCCCAGAGAUAAGCACUGUUACCAAUUUAGUAUAUAUCCUUGCAGAUCUUUUUUUGCUAUAUAUACAUAUAUAUUUUUUACAAAAAAUGGAAUCAUUCCUGUAUGUUAUUCUACUGUCUAUUUUGUUUACAUAUCAAUAUGUCCUAAACACCAUAUCAUGUCAAUAAAUGUUCUUCUAUAACAUUUUUAAUGGCUGCUUAGAAUUCUAUUUUAUGGUUGUACCAUAAUUUAUUUACCAAAUUCCCAAUUGUUUCUCACAAGUAAUUUCCAGUUUGUCACUAUUAUUUAACAGUGCUGUGGUGAUUCAUCCUGAUAGUGAUAUUUGUAUUCAUAUCCUUACCAUUUCCUUAAAAUAAAUUGGUAAAAGUAUAGUUGUUUAGUCAAAGGAUUGUCAUGUUUCUUUAAAAUUAAAAUGACUAGUAUGGGACUUUUAAUUCACAGCUUAAAGUCUACAUAAGGGAACUGAUAGCUUCUAGAAAUGUCCUGAAAGAAACACCACCACCUGUAGUUGCAGGACUGAGAUUUUGGAAAACAAACCCAAAGUCUAUUCCUGCAGCAUGUGAGGAAAGAGUUCACAGCAGGCUAGGCCUACAUGCCCAACCCCUUCACACGCUGAGACUAAAACAGGCAUCCUGAACAGAGACUCUACACGUCCCUGUGGUUUGCUGUCAGAGAGUGAGCUCUCUAGUGUGCCCUUGGACGGGAAGAGCAUUAGAAGUCUGUGCUGGAUCCCCCUGCACUCCACCAAUGCAUGUCUUGUUUUCUGCUGCUUUUUCUGUAUAUGCUUUGUUAUAAAAAUUUUUAGCUAUGAGUAAAA